AUGAUGAACUGGCCAACCAUUUCUAUUGGUAACGAUAAGCUUCCUACCCCUGAGCCGGAAUCUUCAGCCUCUCAGCCUUCAUCUACCACCACAUCUGCUACCACAGAUUGCACCACCAGAACAGUGACCAACAGCUGGGUAUCUUGCACACUUGUCGCUACAAGUACGCGCUCUGGAACACCACUGUACAGCAAUAGCUGCACUACGGAUACAUCUGUGGCAACAGGUUGUAAUGCCACACCAUCCAUUUCGUCUAAUUUACCCACCACGACGCCGGCUGCUUGCACUAUUGCGGUGAAGGCUAGCCCAUUCGCUACGCUCACAGAUCCCAUACCUGAUUUCCCAGACACAACUUCUUCUACUCUGGGCACAGCCUCUUCUACUCCGGACACAGCCUCUUCUAAUCCGGGCACAACCUCUUCUACUCCGGGCACAAUCUCUUCUACUCCGGGCCCAACCUCUUCUACUCCGGGCACAACCUCUUCUACUCCGGGCACAAUCUCUUCUACUCCGGGAACAACCUCUUCUACUCCGGGCACAACCUCUUCUACUCCGGGCACAACCUCUUCUACUCCGGGAACAACCUCUUCUACUCCGGGCACAGCCUCUUCUACUCUGGGGAGCACUUCUGGGACAACCAGUCUCUCGGCUUCCGAAACGAUAUCCACCCCAACUCCGCCUGCAGUGACACCCGUGCCUUUCAUCGCCACCAACCCAAAUGGUGAAAUCCUCUCUUAUCCGUCGCAGAUCGUUGCAAAUCUUGCCACGCAAGGUGCAGGCGCACCCAGGACACUGCAAACUGCGUCACCAAGUCAGACCAGCGGUAACAACAAGGGCUCGAUCCAAUGCCGCAGUGUCGACGAUGCCUGCGACAGAGCGUACAAGCAGUAUGUAGACGACACGGUCUACACAUCCUACACAUCCUACACAGCGAAUAUCAAAAGUGGCAUGAUCCUAGUCGGAGCGCUAGGCCAAGCCGGUUGUGCGGCUAUGUAUACAUGUGAUAACGAUGACUAUGGGUUUGGAAUGACUGGACGGCAGAUUAAGGCGGCUGUUGAGUACCUGAAGGUGAAUGACAAGGUCAACAAAUGCGGAACCGCAUAUCUGUCAAAUUCCUGUCAUGUCACUCUCAAUUACUGCACCAGCUGCAAGGGCACGCAGUAA